CAGCCUCAUAAAGAUCAUUACCCAUGCAAAGCAGGUCAGGGAUUUAAAAGGUGUGAAGAAGGUGUGUUAGAGCUCUAACAGCAACAUCUUUAGUUGUACAGAUUGAAAGGAUUAAAUUAGCCCAGUCCUAAACCUACUUUAAACUCUCUUGCUUAAGCUCAGUCAAACUGUGUGAAAAGCAUUUGUUUAUUUUCAAAUCUUGCCAGUUUUUUUUAGCAAAGAAUGGACUUCUACCUCAAAAGGACUUGCAGCUGUAAAGGGAACAAAAGAUAAUUUGACAAAUUAUUGACUCAGGAGGCCUGAAUACAAAUUUUAUAUAUAUUGUAUUAAUACUUUAGCCUGUGUAGCACUGCAGCAAUCCCUGCAUUCAUCCAUCCUGUGUCCAGUCCGCAGGCUACAGAGAGCCAAAAAGGACAUGCAGAGCUCCACCUGUAAGCAGUGGUGGAGUCCACGCUGCCGCCGUGCAAACCCUCCUGCCCGGCGCUCCGUUGAUGAACUGACUGUGAGCCCGGCCUCCUCUCCAUGUCCCUCUCCCUCAUUCUCCCCGUGCCUCUCCCCCCGAAACAGCAUCUCGGCGACUCAUUUCCGGACAAAGCUGCAGCUGGUGGACCUGGCAGGGAGUGAAUGUGUCGGUAUGACUGGAGUGUCAGGGGCAGCUCUGUGGGAGGUGUCGUGCAUUAACCGGAGUCUCUCGGCUCUUUCGGAUGUCCUGGGAGCUCUGGCUGAACACAGGCCCCACGUCCCCUACAGGAACAGCAAACUCACCCAUCUGCUGCAGGAUGCCAUAGGGGGCGAUGCCAAACUGCUGGUGAUGCUGUGUGUCUCUCCCACGCAGCGCUUCAUCACAGAGUCUCUACAGUCGCUCGCCUUUGGCACAAGAGCUCGCCAAGUCCAGAAGGAGAGACCCCAAAGGAGAACGAACGCACUAAAAGUGAAAUGAUGAGGCAGAGGAGGAUUUAUCUCUGCAGAUGCCCUACCCUUAUGCAGUCUGGCAGCCAUGUGCACAGGCAAUUUUGGGGGAAGAUACUCAAGCCAAAAAAUAAAUAAAAAAUUACCAAACUUAGUCAUAAAAUGGGGAACACACAAAACAAAGUAGGAUAUACUGAAUCUGUAAUUUACUUGGAUUUAUCUUUAAACCAAUCAAUACAUGUUUAAUAAAUUAGGGAAACUCAAAUAAUCAAGGGACAGAGAAGAGUGGGAGCAGAACAAAACUCUAACCAGAACAAAACUAACCAAUCACUGCUCUUUGGUCCGAAGAGCUGUGAUUGGUCAGAGUUUUUACAGGCCUGCAGCUCUCACAGAGAUAAAAAAAAAAUGUAUUCAUCUUUUUCUGAAUACAUAAUUUAUUGACUACGUUCUGGAUGGAAUGACUAUUUUACCCAGUAUAAUAAAAAAGGGUUUCUGAACAGGAUUACCAACCAUUUAAAGCAGCACAGUGUAACUUUUAGCCACUAGGGGCGCUAUAUCUGUAACUUCCAGGUCUAGAGCCCCUGACGGCCACUGGCAACAUAGCGCUGUCACAAAAUGAAAACAGUCCCCCUCCGUGUUUUGGAAUAUGAUAUCAGACCACUUUUGACCAGCAGAUUGAGACGCCAUGGAGUUACUUGUAAAGACAUGGUCGCAUUCACCCGUCUAGAUUAAAUCCUACACAACAGAACCAAAAAUAUGUUUGAUUAGGUAAGGGUCAUAUGUUUUGUUUUGUUGUUACUCAGACUGUCGUAACCUAGAAUGGUUCAUGUGACCUAGAGCAAACAUUUAGCAACGGAUCUGACGCUCUGAAGUAACAGGGUAGUUUUUGAGAAGGGCAACCAGAACUGAGCAUUAAGUGCUAUAUACAGUAUAUUGACCUGAAAAAUCAUUUAAUAUAUCUCAAAGCUAAUAUUUGGGUCAAAACGUACAUGGCACUGCUUUAAAUCUUAUCAAACUCUGCUCUAAAUAAAUAAAAAUAAAGCAUCCAAUAGUCUUUGAAAUUACAUUUACAAAAGAGGCAAGACAGUAUAGUUAUUAA